UCAUGGCAAGGUUUACAGAACAGACAGCACAUUGCUGAACUCUAGUCUGCGCUAUAACUUUGGUUGUGCAAGAAACAGCGUAAAAGUCAGAUCCAAAACCCUUGAAAUUCUCCCAAUUAUCCUUAGAAAAAAGAAAAAUAAAUAAAAAAAAGAAGAAAAAAACAACGGUGCGUUGAGUCUUGUAAGAUAUAAUUCACUGUUGUGUCGACCACACCUUCCACAUAAGCGAAAUAGUUGCCACUACUAAAGGCCUAUAUAUACUCUCAUUUCCACCACGCGUCUCACACAUCAAACACCUUCACAACUUGUUUUGUUCCUUUGCACAUAUACUCUCUGCUUCUCUUUUGUUCAUAUUCUGCACAUACAUACACACCCGAGUCUUGUGUCGUUGUUACUAUGGGUUCCAUAGGUAACGCCGAGGUUCACAAUCACCACCAUGAUAAUGACAACAAAGAUCAUUAUCAUGGGGUAAAUUUUUCGUCCCAAAGAACAUUUGGGACGAAACUAAAGACGGGGUUGAAGGAAGCGUUGUUUCCUGACGACCCCUUUAGACAGUUCAAGAACGAGGAGAAGACAUCGAGGAGGGUGAUGAAAGGGGUGCAGUACUUCAUCCCUAUCUUUGAGUGGCUCCCAACUUACAAUUGGCGCCUCUUUUGCUCCGACUUGAUCGCUGGUUUAACCAUCUCAAGCCUUGCCAUCCCUCAAGGCAUUAGCUAUGCCAAACUUGCAGACCUUCCUCCUCUCAUUGGCCUUUAUUCGAGCUUUGUCCCACCUCUAGUAUAUGCUGUUUUUGGGAGUUCAAGGCACAUGGCAGUGGGGACGAUAGCAGCAGCAUCGUUGCUCAUUGGUCAAACCAUACAAACGGUGGCAGACCCAGUUGAAGACCCAACGUUGUAUCUUCAUUUGAUUUUCACCACCACCUUUAUCACCGGGGUUUUCCAGGCUUGUUUGGGUAUUUUCAGGUUGGGGAUAUUGGUGGAUUUCUUUUCGCAUUCUACCAUCAAUGGCUUCAUGGGAGGAACAGCAGUAAUUCUGAUCCUCCAACAACUGAAGGGCAUAUUUGGCAUGAAACAUUUCUCAUCCAAAACGAACUUGGUGGCAGUGGUGAAGGGCAUCGUGACCAAUAGACAUGAGAUAAGGUGGGAACCUACAGUUCUUGGCGUGAUCUUCGUUGCUUUCUUGCAAUUUACGCGGCACCUGAGGAAUAAGAAUCCAAAACUCUUUUGGGUGCCGGCAAUAGCUCCAAUGGUGACUAUAGUAGUUGCUGGCGUUUUCACAUACCUAGUCAAGGGCCAACAUCAUGGAAUUCAAAUUGUGGGGCAUCUAGAUAAAGGAUUAAAUCCCUUGUCCAUCCACUAUUUGAACUUUAAUAGUAAAUAUUUACCAGCAGUUAUGCAAGCUGGUCUUAUCACAGGCGUGUUGUCAUUAGCGGAAGGAAUAGCAAUAGGAAGAAGCUUUGCUGUUACUGAUAAUACACCUCAUGAUGGGAACAAAGAAAUGGUCGCUUUCGGCCUUAUGAACUUAUUCGGCUCUUUUACUUCAUGUUACCUGACUAGUGGACCGUUUUCCAAGACUGCUGUGAAUUACAAUGCAGGGUGUAAGACAGCCAUGGCAAACGUGGUCCAAGCAAUAGUGAUGGCCCUCACACUGCAAUUUUUGGCGCCACUAUUUGGCUACACCCCUCUUGUUGCUCUCUCAGCUAUUAUUAUAUCUGCCAUGCUUGGACUCAUUCAUUACGAAGAAGUUAUCCAUCUCUACAAAGUUGACAAGUUUGAUUUUGUUAUUUGCAUGGCUGCCUUCCUUGGAGUCAUCUUUCUAAGCAUGGAUAUUGGCCUCAUGAUUUCUGUUGGACUUGGGGUUCUUAGAGCACUGUUAUAUGUGGCUAGACCUGCGCCGUGCAAGCUUGGAAAGUUACCUGAAAUAGAAUUAUAUAGAGACACUGAGCAAUACAAUGUUUCAACAUUCCCAGGAGUUCUUGUUAUACAACUUGGUUCUCCCGUUUAUUUUGCAAAUUCUGAGUAUGUCAAAGAAAGGAUUAUGAGGUAUAUUCGAAGUGAGCAAAGUUCUACAGGAGAUGUUGUUGAACACGUCGUACUCGAAUUAUCAGGAGUGACAUCCAUUGACACAACUGCUAUUAAAGGAUUGGAUGAGACAGUUAAAAUAUUGGGAAAGAAUGCAAUUAAGGUUUUGUUUGUUAACCCGAGGCUGGAGGUGAUGGAGAAGCUUUUAGCAUCCAAAUUUGUUGACAAAAUUGGGAAGGAGUCAUUCUAUCUAACAUUGGAUGAUGCAGUGAUGGCAAGUCAAUAUUCUCUUCGUUCAUCAAAGGCUAAUAAUAAUGAAGAGGUUAUGGCUCAAGAAAGUCAUCAUGCCUAAGUACAACAAACAAAUUAAACUAGAUUGUACACCACUAGUGAAUUGGCUUUUCAAUGGCACAAAUAAAUGUUGUAUAAUUGUAUUGUUAUACAGAUACAACAAUUUAUGGAAUUGAGAAAUUAUUUACUAGUGCU